AACAGAGGGAGUUGUAACAGAAGGAUCUAGCGAGAAAACGUCUCUGGUAAAGUUUGAAGAACCCAACGUUGUUAAAAUUGUGUAUGUUUUUCGUAAAAAAUUGAAAUACUUGAAAGUCACUACGAUGAAGGGUGUUAUUAUACAUGUGAGAUAGCUCGUUUAUGUUACUUGGUUGCAAUUUGUUCAUUUAAGUGAAUUGAUUGUCAAUGAUUUUGAUGGAAUAUUCAUGCUAGGAUGUUUCGUAAAAGGAACAAGCAAAAUUGUGUAAAAGUGGGAGAAGUUUAUGUUAAACAUCACUAUAUGGGAAAUUGAUUUAACAUUCAUAACAUAUAUAAAAUGGUUGCAGAAUGGUUACGCAAAUUUAAUUUGGAAUUUAAAUUAUGCACUGAAUGUGAUGAAAAUGUUACACACUAUUUAGAUCAUCCAUAUUAGAUAAUUUCACAAUUGACUGGAUGACUGUUAAAUAUUUUUUGCUAAGUUCUCUCAAUUACCUUUAAGUUUUGGAGAAUUUCAAAAAUGCCUGGUUUAUAAUGUUAUUUAGCGUCCGGCCCACAUUCGCUUUUAGUCAUAUUGUUGUGACCAAAAUACUGAAAUUUCUUACAAAAUUAAAUAGCUGUUGAUAUUAUUUGUACUUUGUUGGAUAUUAUGAAGAAGAGAAAUGGUUCAAUUACCUAUUUAAUACUGUUGUGUGAAAAAGACAGUUGUGAUUUGCAUUUACUACUAUAAUAAUCACUAUCUCGUUUUUUUUGAGUACUUUCUUCUAUCUACAAACUAUAAAACUAAACUUAACAUCAACAUUUUCUUUUCAACUUCUCGCCGUUUGCCAGUCGUCUCUUUUUUGGUUUGUUUUGUGUUGAGGCAAUCAAUACAAAUAAUUUAAUACUGAGUAAAUGGCUUCAAAGCUUAUUUAGAAUAACUGAAUAGAGAUAUUUUCAUAAUUUAUGUUAAGCAUCGACCAAAAGCUGGCUUUAUGAGGUGAAAAAACUUAUUUCAUGAUUUAGAGAUGUAUAUCCAAGAUGGCAGUGGCUAGAAGCAGUAAAAGAAAACGAUCGAAUGAGAGUAUGUGGGUGAAGCUUCGCAAAGCUGUUCGCUGGUCACCCUUCAUGCAAAAUUACAAAAAGCAGUAUCCGUGGAUCCAACUAGCUGGACAUGCUGGUGGAUUUAAAUCUGGCGAACAGGGAACCAUAUUAAAAAAAGCAAGCAAAGCUGAAAUCGAGUGUCUACAAAAGUUAAUGAAGGAUUCUCUAAGUCCCUAUGUCCCCGAAUUUAAAAUGAUCGUCAACGAAGAUGAACACGAUUUCAUUCAAAUGCAAGACUUGUUGCAAGAUUUUGAUCAGCCGUCUUUUGUUAUGGACUGUAAGAUGGGAACAAGAACGUAUUUAGAAGAAGAAGUUAACAAAGUAGGCAAACCCAGAAAGGAUUUAUAUUUAAAAAUGAUUGCUGUGGAUCCUUCAGAACCUACUGAUUAUGAGAACGAAACACGUAGUUGUACGAAACCACGAUACAUGCAAUGGAGAGAACAGCUUAGUUCAACAGCCACGCUCGGUUUUCGGAUAGAAGGUAUUAAGAGGGGUGAGAAUAAUCCGGAUAAAGAUUUUAAGAAAAUUAAAACUGAAGAAGAUAUCGCGUCAGUCUUCAAUAGAUUUGUUGGAAAUAGCAAAAACUUAAGGGAUAAAUAUAUUCAAAGACUAAAAGUCAUCAAGGCUUCUCUGUCGUCAUCCAAUUUCUUUAAAACGCACGAGGUCAUUGGUAGCUCCUUAUUGUUUAUUCAUGAUGCUAAAGGAUCGUGUGGAAUAUGGUUAAUAGACUUCGGUAAAACAAUGCCGUUAAAAAAUGGCACUAACAUUAAUCACUACAGUGACUGGAUGCUUGGCAACCACGAAGAUGGUUACCUUACCGGAUUGGACAACAUGAUAAAUAUUUGGACUAACAUGGAUUGCGAGAAAACGUAAUAAGACAGACAGCGAUAAUUGACACAUGGCGCUCUUAUUGUCACAAGUCAAAAAGAUGGUGUGACUGUUCUUACGUGGAGAAAACACGACAGCCAGUAGCCGUCAUUAAAUGAUACUACGUUUUUAAACGUCGCCUGAAACAGAUGCUAUUACUUCGGGAUAUAUCUGCCGGUCCUUUGAAGGGCGAUGAUGACUCAUGGAAAGUUUCAAAUCCAAAGAGUACACGAGAGAAAUACAAGCUGCUGGCGAAAUACGAAUGUUGUAAUAAACGUAAUAUUUUAGUGUCUCAUAAACAUACUAGAAAAAGGGGGAAAUUUGUUAUUUGAAUGUUAUCACUUUCUUGUUGUGUGGAGACGAAUAAUAAUUUACGUGUAAUUACUGCUUCUUUCUUCAGUGACAAAAUUUCCAACAUAAACAUAUUAAACUCACUUAAUUUAAGCUUAAUUAAUGCUGAGUAAUACAGUAAUUGUUAGAUAAUUACUCGCGAAGGAUUUUGUUACAUAAUAUAUAUUUUUUUAAAGUAACUGGUUUUUCACUCAAUAUAAGGGUAGAGAAACGUACUUCUUUUUUAUGUUUUAUCAUUUUAUUGCUUUUAGCUGUUUUUAGAUAUGAUACCCCAGCAUGUGCUCCGUAUUUUAGACCUAAAUGUUCUUUUUUAGAGUAAAAAAACUUGUUUUAUUUUGUCAGCAAAACAAAAACAUUUAGGUCCAAAAUUAAUCUUUAUUUUUUUCUACUUCAAUAACUUUUUUAGGUGAAUUGAAAAUAAACAAAAAUAAACAAAACGCAUUUGCUUGCGGUUUAAAGAGCUUACUCCCACCCCUCUAGCACAAAAUUUGUUUUAGUUCAAUUUUAGAGUAUAAUUUUAUUUUGCUUUUUUGCUCAUUAGAUUUGUACUUUUAAGCUUUAUCUCGCUUACUAACGAAGAAUGUAUAUUUUGUAAUUAAAAAACUGUAAUGAUGUAGAUAUUAAAACAACUUGUGUAUAAGAAGAUAAACACCAAACUCUA